AUGCGCUACAACGAGCGCGAGCUGCUCUGCCUGGCCCGGCAGCCCGCCGAGAAGGCGGCCGAGAUCCUCAUGCGGGUGCCCAAGAAGGGCAGCGGGCUCAAGAGGCGCCUCGUCAAGCUCGUYGUCAACUUUCUCUUCUACUUCCGCACGGACGAGGCAGAGCCCAUCGGAGCUCUGCUGCUGGAGCACUGCAGAAUCACCAAAGAGGAGGAAAACGUCUUCUCAAUCAGUUUCAUUGAAGAGCCAGAGAGGAAAUACUGCUUUGAAUGUGACAGUGAAGAGCAGUGUCAGGAGUGGAUCGAGGCACUCAAGCGAGCCAGCUAUGAAUUCAUGAGGAGGAGCUUGAUUUUCUACCGCAAUGAGAUCCAGAAAAUGACAGGGAAGGACCCCCUGGAGCAGUACGGGAUYUCCGAGGAAGCUCGCUUCCAGCUGGCGACGCGCAAGCAGUGACCCCGGCUCGCGCUGCCCGGGCCUCUGGCCACAGCCUCCCUCGGGCCUCACGUCCAGGCUCCUGCAGAGAGGAAGAGCAACAGUUCUCCACAGUGGUGACCAAGUGACUUUUUUGUUUUUAAUUUAUUAGCCAAAUAAUUUUGUAUGAUUUUAAAGGGAAUCCAUUGCACAUUCCGACCAGCCAGAGUCUUAACCACUCACUGUAGACCAAAGCUGUGAGCUGACUGGGGGCUGCACUGACACAUCUGCCCCGGUGCCCUGCUUGCACCGCCGCCGCUGCGGGAGGAUCACGGCCCCUGCUCCGAGCAGAGGAGGCAGGGACUGGAGAGUGUCCCUGGCCUCUGCUGCCCUCCAGCAAGGGCCCUGCCUCGCUUCACGUGCCUGUUCCCCUCCUGCAGUAAUUCACUUGGUUCUUCUGACUCCAGCUCUUCCAGCAGCCUCCAAGGGAGCUAUUGAGGGUUGCUGAAGCCCUCGGUACGUGAGGAUGCUGCAGCUGAUUGCAUUUCCAUGCAGGGUUAACGCUGUGACCUCCUCCUGCUUGUUACAAAGCUGUUUGAGGCAUUGAGACAGCUGCURGCAGAGCCUGAAGGCCAGGAGGGGCUGAGCAGGGAGGAGCAGGGACUCGUGCUGGCACCUCAGCCGCCGCUGCAGCCACGGGCAAGGGGCCUUGCCCCCUGUGUCACGGCAGCAAUGGCUGUGCAGCCCCUGGCAUCUGCCCAAGGAGGGGUCUUGCCCUUCCCAGGGCAGGUGCUGGUGAUCCCUAGGGGCCUGAUGAAGCUUGGCCCGCCGGCCCGCCCCCGGGGCAGGUGUUGAGUGCUCUCCCGAGGGCCCGGGGAGGGCGAUGGUGUCUGGCUGCAAAGCGCUGGGCAGAGCAGCGGCUGAAAGCUCCGYGUCCCGUGAUGCUGCUUCCCGCUGCAGUGCUCUGGGCUGGGCUGAGACCUGCAGUKAUUCAGCUUCCCGGAGAGGACGGCCAGACACGGAGGUUCCUGACUGCAGGAACUGCUGYGUGCGCUUUUGCUCCAUGUCUGCGCCCCAGGGCGUGCGGAACUGCACUUCAGCCCAGGGAGCUCCUCACAGCCGUGCGCUAGCGCUGCGUUCCCGAGCCCUCUGCAGCUUUCUCCCCGUCUGGGAGCUCGCAGAGGGCCAGAUCGGAACCUCCGGCCCUGCCAAGGUCACAGAGACCUGCGCUGGCUCUCCCCGCGCCGGGCAACGAGCGCUGCCUCCCCCGGCCUCCACUAGCGAAACCCUCAGCACGGAAGAAGGGCGGCUGUCCCGGGGCGCUCUGCACCCCGCCUGGGCUGCGCCCGCAGGAAGGAGCGUGGCCGUUGCACACAGAGCUGCCUGCCAGAGGCCACGCUUGCCAGCAGCACCGUCCCGCCAGGCMAGGAGGUGGCUUCUGAAGUCACAGAAGGUGCAGCCCUGCGCUGCACCUCGUGGAAACAGGCACUCCCUCAGGAAAUCAGGUAACGUUUGCACAGAGGUGAUGGCAGAAGGGAUGUCACGAUCGCCGGGAGCAGAACGCAGCACGAGGCUGCUCUUGAGCCAGCAGAAGCCCUCGCGGUCGACCUGAGCGCUGGGCUUGGGCGGCUUUCAGCUCUUUUCUCCUGGGCUGUGCAGUUCCGCAGCACGUGGCGGGUGAGCCGGGUGAGGGCAGCCCGUGCUGCGCCCCGGACUGCAGGGGUAGAGUUGAAGUCUCUCACCCUUUAAGAGGGAAUUAGUGCAGGAACAAGAGCCUGGGCUGCACGCUGCUGGGCCUGGCCUGCCGCCUGCACCUCCCGCUCGCGGGGAUAGCAGAGAGGCAGAAGCUGUCCAUGUUCUAACCUCAAGCCCAAGAUUGUUUCCUUUUUAUUCCCAGAUCUUCUGUUUCCCUGCAGUGGUUCCAGGUGCUUGCUCCAGCCAUUACCAAAAUAGCAGAGGGACAGCUGUCCUGCACAACAAACUGAGGACCUGAGAGCUUGGAAGCAGAAAAUAGAUUAUUUUUGCUGACAGAUGGCACCUCUAGAGGAAGCAGCAAUGAGGGAUUAAAAGCAGGAAUGUAGCAGGGCUUGUGCUUUAGGGAAUUAGUAUCCUCAGAUGACUUCUAAGUGCAUUUUAAUCCUCACGAGCCUACCGUGAUUUACCUCAGUGCACGAAGGGGGUCUGGACUUGCCGGCGGGGUCUGCAGCAGACUCCUUUGCUGGGAUAACGGGGGGUUUGUCCAUGCGCGCACCGGGGCCGCCUCCCGAGUGCUACGGCAGCGCCAGAACAGGGCCGCGCGGUGCCCUCCGCGGCUGCGGCUCCGCUCGGGGACCAAGCGAAGCUCCUUGGUCCCCCAGCAGGACGGUGCCGCCCGGGCCGGCUCCCAGCCCUCGGGAUCAGGGUGCUCUUCAGCCGGCCAAGUCCCCCUCUCACAGCAGAGCCUGGGGAGUUCUGCCCGGAGGAGCUCCGCGCCUCGGCCGCCAGCCCUGCGGCCAUCGGGCUUCCCAGGAAGCUCGCCCGCCUCCCACCUCCUCUGCAUUUCACACGGGCAUUUUCACUUAGAUGUAGGGAACAGGCGCCUGAGCAAGAGAGACUCGCGGCGCUUGCUGAAGAAGUAGCGGUGCCAUUAACUGAAUGUAAGACAAAUGCUGUGAAAAGUUCCAGGGGGCUGUCCCAGGAGCCCGGCUAGCUGGGUCGGCACCGGGACCAGGCCCAGGACACUGGGUUGGGUCUCACGAGCAGGGGAAGACGGUACUUGUAGCCACAUUAGAGAUCUGCAUCAACUGCUGGUGAUUUAGAGACAAGUGUUCAUUUUUCCUACUCUGCUUUUUGUAGUUCGGGUGCCCUUCCCAAUGAGGCUCCCUG